GUGGGACACGCAUGCGCCGGCCCAGACCCGACACCCAGUAACGGACUCGAGCUCCCCCCCCACCGGAAGUGGGCAGCCGCGCGCUGGGAAGAGCCAGCUGGAGCGUCGCGGCCACGGAGUGGGUGCCGGGGCUAAGGGACUCGCGCUUUUCUCUCCGUGCCAUGGCGCCAGCGAAGGCCACGAACGCGGUGCGGCUGCUCCUGGGCUCCACGACUCUGUGGCUCUCGCAGCUCGGCGCCGAGACGGUUUCCGCGUCCAAGGCGGUGACUGCCCACUUGGCUGCGAAGUGGCCCGAGACCCCGCUGCUGCUGGAGGCGAGUGAAUUUAUGGCAGAAGAAAGUAAUGAAAAAUUUUGGCAGUUUUUGGAAACUGUGCAAGAAUUAGCAAUUUAUAAGCAAACAGAAUCAGAUUAUUCUUAUUACAACUUAAUCCUGAAGAAAGCUGGACAGUUUUUAGACAAUUUACACAUCAACCUCUUAAAGUUUGCUUUCUCUAUAAGGGCAUACUCUCCAGCUAUUCAGAUGUUUCAGCAGAUUGCAGCUGAUGAGCCACCACCAGAUGGUUGUAAUGCAUUUGUGGUUAUCCAUAAGAAGCACACCUGUAAAAUUAAUGAGAUUAAAAAGCUGCUGAAGAAGGCUGCUUCAAGUACUAGACCUUAUCUGUUUAAAGGAGAUCAUAAAUUUCCUACAAACAAAGAGAACUUACCGGUGGUGAUUCUCUAUGCCGAAAUGGGUACUAGAGCAUUUAGUGCAUUUCACAAAGUAUUGUCUGAAAAAGCUCAAAAUGGGGAAAUUCUCUAUGUUCUUCGCCAUUAUAUUCAGAAACCAAGCUCACGGAAAAUGUACUUAUCUGGGUAUGGUGUGGAGCUAGCAAUUAAGAGUACAGAAUACAAAGCACUGGAUGAUACCCAAGUUAAAACUGUGACUAAUACUACUGUAGAGGAUGAGACUGAAGCAAAUGAAGUUCAAGGAUUUCUCUUUGGGAAACUAAAAGAAAUAUAUUCGGAUCUUAGAGAUAAUCUGACAGCCUUCCAAAAAUACCUGAUUGAAAGUAAUAAACAAAUGACGCCUCUGAAAGUCUGGGAACUACAAGAUCUUAGUUUUCAAGCAGCUUCUCAAAUAAUGUCCACUCCAGUUUAUGAUGCCAUUAAAUUAAUGAAAGACAUUUCACAGAACUUCCCCAUAAAAGCCAGAUCUCUAACCAGAAUUGCUGUAAAUCAACAUAUGAGAGAAGAAAUACUGGAAAAUCAAAAGGAUCUUCAAGAUAGAUUUGAAAUUCAGCCAGGUGAUGCUCGUCUAUUUAUAAAUGGCCUUCGUGUUGAUAUGGAUGUUUAUGACCCUUUUAGUAUUUUGGAUAUGCUGAAAUUAGAAGGAAAAAUGAUGAAUGGCCUUCGCAAUCUUGGGAUCAAUGGGGAAGAUAUGAGCAAAUUUUUAAAAUUAAAGUCACACGUUUGGGAACAUACUUAUGUGUUAGAUACUCGACAUUCUUCUAUAAUGUGGAUUAAUGACUUGGAAAAUGACGAUUUAUAUAUUACUUGGCCUACAAGUUUCCAUGAACUUCUGAAGCCAGUAUUUCCUGGAAGUAUACCUUCCAUAAGGCGCAAUAUUCAUAAUUUGGUUCUGUUUAUUGAUCCGGCCCAAGAAUAUUCCUUGGAUUUUAUAAAACUUGCUGAUCUUUUAUAUUAUCAUAAACUUCCUCUUAGAAUUGGUUUUGUGUUCAUUCUUAAUACAGAUGAUGAAGUUGAUGGAGCAAAUGAUGCCGGAGUUGCUCUUUGGCGAGCUUUCAACUAUAUUGCAGAAGAAUAUGAUAGAUCAGAAGCAUUUGCUUCUAUAGUACAUAUGUACAAAAAAGUGAAGAAGGAUAAAAAUAUACUCACUGUGGACAAUGUGAGGAGUGUUAUCCAAAAUAAAUUUCCUCAGGCCAAUAUUUGGGAUAUUUUGGGAAUUCAUUCUAAAUAUGAUGAAGAAAGAAAGGCUGGAGCAAGCUUUUAUAAGAUGACUGGCCUGGGUCCUUUGCCUCAAGCUCUUUAUAAUGGUGAACCCUUUAAGCAUGAAGAGAUGAGUAUUAAAGAACUAAAAGCGACUAUUCUUCAAAGAAUGAUGGAUGCAUCUGUACAUUUACAAAGAGAAGUUUUUAUGGGCACAUUAAAUGAUCACAUGAAUGCAAUCGAUUUUCUAAUGGAAAAGAAUAGUGUACCCCGUAUAAAUUCUUUGAUUUUGCAUACUAACCAGCAGUACCUUAAUUUAAUAUCUACAUCAGUAACUGCUGAUAUAGAAGAUUUCUCUACUUUCUUUUUCUUGGAUUCACAAGAUAAGAGUGCUGUAAUUGCAAAGAACAUGUAUUAUUUAACCCCAGACGAUGACACUAUAAUUUCUGCAGUCACUCUGUGGAUUAUUGCUGAUUUUGAUAAGCCUUCUGGGAGAAAACUUCUUUUUAAUGCAUUAAAGCACAUGAAAAUAAGUGUUCAUAGUCGUUUGGGGAUUAUUUAUAAUCCUACAUCAAAAAUAAAUGAAGAGAACACAGCUAUUUCUAGAGGAAUUCUGGCAGCUUUUCUUACACAGAAGAACAGCUUUUUGAGCAGCUUUCUUGGGCAACUGACAAAGGAAGAAACUGCUACAGCUAUUUACUCUGGAGAUAAAAUUAAAACAUUCCUUAUUGAGGGAAUGGAUAAGAAAGCUUUUGAGAAAAAAUACAACACUGUUGGAGUGAAUAUUUUCCGAACUCACCAGUUGUUCUGUCAAGAUGUACUUAAAUUGCGACCUGGAGAAAUGGGUAUUGUCAGCAAUGGGAGAUUCUUAGGACCUUUAAAUGAUGAUUUAUAUGCAGAAGAUUUUUACUUGUUGGAGAAGAUAACAUUUAGUAAUUCAGUAGAGAAAAUUAAAGGCAUUGUUGAAAAUAUGGGAAUCAACUCAAAUAGCAUGAGUGACCUCAUUAUGAAAGUUGAUGCUCUUACGUCCUUUUUGCCUAAGGAUGCAUCUCGAUAUGAUGUCACAUUUCUUAAGGAGAAUCACAGUGUUAUAAAGAUGAAUCCUCAAGAGAAUGAUACAUUCUUCGAUGUCAUUGCUAUUGUUGAUCCAUUGACAAGAGAAGCACAGAAAAUGGCACAGUUAUUGAUUGUACUUCGCAAGAUUAUCAACAUGAAGAUAAAGUUGUUCAUGAACUGUAGGGGUAAGCUUUCAGAAGCCCCUUUAGAGAGCUUUUACCGAUUUGUUCUGGAACCAGAACUGAUGUCAGAGGCUAAUGACAUUUCUUCUCUUGGGCCAGUGGCAAAAUUCCUGGAUAUUCCUGAAUCACCCCUCCUAACCCUCAACAUGAUUACUCCAGAAGGCUGGUUGGUUGAAACAGUACACAGCAACUGUGACCUUGAUAAUAUUCACUUAAAGGAUACCGAGAAAACUGUUACUGCAGAAUAUGAACUAGAAUACUUAGUACUUGAAGGACAUUGCUUUGAUGAAAUAACAGAACAGCCUCCUCAGGGUCUGCAGUUUACACUAGGCACAAAAAAUAAACCUGUUGUGGUUGAUACAAUAGUGAUGGCCAAUCUUGGAUAUUUUCAAUUAAAAGCAAAUCCAGGUGCUUGGAUACUGAGGUUAUACCCAGGAAAAUCUGAAGAUAUUUAUCAAGUAGUUGGGCAUGAAGGAACUGAAUCUCAAGCCGACCUAGGAGGUGUCAUUGUCGUAUUAAACAGCUUCAAAAGCAAGAUCCUGGAAGUAAAAAAUUACAGUGAAAAGAUAGAAAAACAGAGAGGAGAAAAGAUAAGCAACAUAGAGGAUCAGCCCAUGAAAUCCAGUAGCCUACUUAGAGGAACUCCAGAAAGUACAGAGAAGAUGGAGGAGAGAAAGUGUCUAAAGCUGAGAGAGAAAAAUGUUCACGUCAAAAGAGUCCACAAAUUACCAAGUAGGAUGAAUGAAAAUGGCCCACAUAAGAUCCUAAUAGCUACUAAGAAGAAAAAGUGGGUCACUGCAAUAUAAUGACCCUUGACACUAGCACCAGAAUUUCAUUUUCAGAAUACUUGGAUGUUAACAGCAAAACAAAGGUUUCAGUGUUUUCAGGAAAAUAAUUUAAACCUAAGAUUCUGUAUCUAGCUAAAUUUUUAAUCAAAUGUGAAGGCAAAAAGUUUCUGAAGUAUGAGGAUUUUUUCAUACCCCUUCUUGAAGACAUUUGCCAGUACAAUGAAGAUGAAGAUCAAGAAAGAAGAUAGGUAGUUCAAGAAAUGGUGAAACUAAUCUGUAAACCAAUGUAAAGAAAACCUAGAAAGAAAUCGUUAAUUGUUGAACUUUAAGAAAAAUGUGUUCAGGUAAACAAGAAUUCCAGACAAUUAGACAACAUGAGUAACAAACUGGAAAAAUUGUGUCUGUGAUAAAGAAGACAUAUUUGUAUACCUCCCACAAGAAAAAAUAAGGACAAUGAAAUUCAGGAAAAAAAAAUAGUUCUCUGCUGGUGGAAUGUAAGAAAGGACAAUUCAUCUGAACUAGCAAGAAGUCUUCUAGGAGUGGUACAGUGACCAUAGGAGGAAACUAACUAGUCUGUACUGUGCUAAAACUGUAACUGUACAGAGGAAAUAGAAUUUUAGUAGCUUUUCAGACUCAUCAAUGGUUAAUCUUUACAUUGUCAUGAUAAACAAUUUUUACUGAUUGUCUUCUUUUUGAAUCACUGUAGCAAAAUGCAACAGAUACAUUUAUGUUUACUGAACUAAUGUAAAUGUUAUCUAUAUUUACAAAUGCUAAAGUCAAGGUUUAACUAACCUAAGUUGGGAGGUAGAGGAAAAGCAUAGAAAUAGUGGUGUCCUUGUCUAAUACACAGAAUAUACAAGAGAAACUGUUGGGAUUGUGGGAAUAAAAAAAAAAAUAAGAGAUUUAAAUAUUAUUUAAAGUGACAAAAAUACGUAGAAGAACUGAAGAUAAACAGUUUUACUACCAAAAUUUCCAGACAAAUAGGGAAAGGGAAGGAUGACAAUAAGCGAGGUAUUUAUCUGUCAUCACAAAGAAUGAAUAAUGUCUAAACGCUGAAUUCAGAAAUACUAGUAGAUAAUGCCUAAAAGCUGGUAAAUUAAUAAACACAAAUGUAAGCAUAUUAUUUAGCAAUAUGGAGGUAACCAUCGAAGAAACUAAACAAAGAAGUUGACUUGAUAGUUGAAGACCUGAUUGUUUACAACAUUGUGCUAAGAUAUUGCCUGUCUUUGGUUACUGAAACUAUCCAUCUUAGAUUUCCAGUGGUAAUCUUGCCCGUAUGUUUUACUUUCUAACCAUACAGCAUGAAAUGUAAAGCAGCCAAAUUCUAAUUUUAACCAUGCUAUCUAG